AUGGGGUCUGGUGGCGAGACAGCUAUUAGAUACUUAUAUCCGGUGUAUAGCAUCGGUUUCGCCUAUGGCAUACCCCAGGAGGAGCAAGAAGGGAUCUCUCGGGAGAUUAGCAACCGAAACGAUCCCACAUCGCUGAUCGAGGGGUUCGCUUUUGGAAGGGAAGAUCCCUUGGGCUUCCCUCCAGAGGCCAUAGGCACAGAAGCCUAUGUCAAGAAGGGCUGGCACCAGGCAGGCCGAUACCCACACUUCACUGUGGAACUGCGGCACGUAUUCCUCUACGGAGAGUAUAAGCGAUUGGCAACCGCCCAUGUCUACAAAGACUGGUCAGAGACGAUAGAAUUCGCCGAUCAGCGGUGGUUACGCUGGUGCAAGAAGUAUCGCGAUCAGCGUUACAUAGUUUGGGACGUAAGUGCUGAUUUUACUACAGCGCCAUCCAUCAACGCCUAUUUGUGCUCGUCCGCCGGCGUCAUCCCCUCCCGCUUCUCCUCCGGUGGCAGUACCAGCCUUCGGGCACCCCUUUCUCCUCCAGCGCCCUUCAUAGUGUCUUCGCCCCCACAUUCUUUUCCUCAAGCCCUCAAAUGGUUGUUCUCCUGGCCUUGGGUUCAUCGGGUCCUUUCUGAAGUCGUGGAACAAGACGCCAUAAACGACGAUGAAGCUGAUCAGACUCCACUGCGCCACUUUGAUCCAUUUGUUCCACAAUGGCCGCUCAGACUUCAAUUUUAUGCGUCGCUUAAAUUUGCGCUCGAAUCGGAAUUGCUGCUUUUCCGUCAGGGCGCGAAGAUGCGACGGCGGCGGGAUGCUGGCUUAUGCGACCGAUUUUCGAGCGACGCAGAUUUUCGGAUCUAUCUCGAUCGUCAACUGACGUUCUUUACAAAAGUGCGCACGGUCCGAGUCCGCCCCACAAAAACCGCACUCUUGGCAUUCAUCCCGCACUCGGAUUUCCUAACGGAUGACUCCAUCACAAACAAACUCGCCUCCGCCACCACCAACCACUGUUUCUUUUCCCUUCUUACGCUCCCUAUUUCGUUUCCUGGAGGAGUGGUCAUGGCCGAGUCUACAAAAUCCAGCGAGGCGCCCAAGAGCGCCGUCGCCGCCACACUUGAGCAACUCAAGCCGCAAGAGGCUGAGUCAAAGACACUCAAAAUCGAAAACACUGACAAACGUGAUACCUUGAUUGCAGAGGAGAAGAAGUACCAGAAAUUAUGGGAAGAGCAGGGCGUUUUCAACCCCGAUGCUCCCUCACUUGAGGAGGAGCCGUUUGACACUACCACACCAGACCAGCUUCACGAGAAGUUCCCCAAGUGGCUUGGCUGCUUCGCUUAUCCCUACAUGAAUGGAACCCUUCAUGCUGGUCAUGGCUUUACUGCAAGUAAAGUUGAGUUUACUGCUGGCUUCCAGAGGAUGCUGGGUAAGCGAGUGCUUUUCCCAUUGGGAUGGCACGUAACCGGUAUGCCCAUCAAAGCAUGUGCCGACAAGCUUGUCAGAGAAGUGGAGAUGUUCGGACAGAACUUUGAGCGUUGCCCAGUCGAGGAUGUCGUUGAGACAGCCGUGGCAGAGCCCCCCGCCCCCACACAAGCUGAGACCAAGACCGACAUCACCAAGUUCAAGGCCCAGAAAGGCAAGGCGGCCGCUAAGACAGUCAAGACCAAGUACCAGUUCCAGAUCAUGCUUGCUCAAGGCAUACCUCUAGAAGAGAUCCACAAGUUCUCAGACCCGUAUCACUGGAUAGAAUACUUUCCCCCGCUCGCAAAGAGGGAUCUCACAGCAUUUGGCGCCAGGAUCGACUGGAGGCGCCAGUUCGUCACAACGGACGCAAACCCUUACUACGACAACUUCGUUGCUUGGCAAAUGCGACGACUGAAAGCCAUGGGAAAGAUCAUUUUCGCUAAGCGAUACACUGUCUACAGUCCAAAAGACGGCCAAGCCUGCAUGGACCAUGACAGGCAGUCUGGAGAAGGAGUCACUGUUCAGGAGUACACAGCCUUGAAGAUGAAGGUGGUCAAAUGGGCUGAUUCUGCCAAAACACACAUCGCUGGCCUCCCUGAAGGUGCUUCCUGCUACUUUGUGCCAGCUACACUCCGCCCCGAGACUAUGUACGGUCAAACUUCAUGUUUCGUAGGUCCUUCCAUCAACUACUCGCUUGUCAAGAUCAACGACAGUGAGUACUUCGUACUGAGCGAGAGAGCCGCAAGAAAUAUGGCAUACCAAGGCACCACCGUCAAAUGGGGAGAGUACUCGAUCAUCGCUACAUUCCCCGGUAAGGAUGUUAUUGGCACCAUCGUCAACGCUCCUCUCUCCGUCCACAAGGAGGUUUACAUUCUUCCAAUGGAGACCGUCAAGGAUACAAAGGGCACAGCCGUCGUUACCUGCGUACCAUCAGAUUCGCCAGAUGACUACAUCACGUCAUUUGACUUGGCCAAGAAGGCGGAGUAUUACGGAAUUCAAAAAGAAUGGGUCAAGUUCGACAACCUGCUUGGCAUCAUAGAGACUCCAACCUAUGGAAACCUCACUGCACAGAAGCUGGUCGAAGAAAUGAAGAUCCAAUCGCCUAAGGACUCUGCGAAGCUUGCCGAAGCCAAAGAGAAGGCAUACAAGGAAGGCUUCUACAAGGGCAAGAUGGUGUAUGGUGACUUCGCUGGUAAGCCAGUCGAGGAGGCCAAGCCAUUGGUUCGUAAGCAACUUAUCGACUCUGGUGUCGCUUUCCCUUACGCCGAGCCUGAUGGCAAGGUCAUCAGCCGUAGUGGAGACGACUGUGUUGCGGCCCUGCUUGACCAGUGGUACAUGAACUACGGCACAGCAGCCAACGGCGGAGAUGGCGAGUGGGCCGAAAAGGUCCGAUCCCACAUCGAGGGUGAACUCAAUCUCUACUACCCUGAAGCGAAGAACCAGUUCUUGCGAGUUGUUGACUGGCUCGGCAUCUGGGCAUGCGCUCGAUCCUACGGACUGGGAACCAAGGUGCCUUGGGACCCAAGUGUGAUGGUUGAGAGUUUGUCGGAUAGUACCAUCUACCAGGCAUACUACUCUUUUGCUCAUUUGCUGCACAAGGACAUGUUCGGCAAAGAACCCGGUCCUCUUGGUGUCAAACCCGAUCAGAUGACGGACGAAGCCUGGGACUACGUCUUUGCCCUCCGCGACCGAAGCGAUGUCCCGCAAUCAACAAUUCCUAAGCAGGCUCUCGAGACUAUGCGACGCCAUUUCGACUACUGGUACCCGCUUGACCAACGUUCUUCUGGCAAGGAUCUCAUUCAAAACCACCUAACGAUGAACCUGUAUGUACAUGCCGCAAUCUUCCCGAAGGAGAACUGGCCACGCAGCUUCCGUGUCAACGGUCACUUGCUACUCAACGGUGACAAGAUGAGCAAGUCUACUGGUAACUUCUUGACCAUCGCUGGCGCAGUCCAAAAAUUCGGUGCAGAUGCUACACGUAUUGCUCUGGCCGACGCCGGAGACGAGAUCUCAGAUGCCAACUUCGAGGAGACUGUCGCAAACAGUAAUAUUCUGAAGUUGUUCGAGCUCCGCAAGUGGUGUGAGGAUUUGGUGAACGAGGCCAUCUACGUCCCUGAUGCGGCUGCGUACAUGGAGAAGAGGGCAAACGAGCGUGUAAAGAACGCCGAUGUGAUCCAGCGACAGAGCGGUAGUGAGCGCCUCCUGUUCGACAAGAUGUUCGACAACGAGAUGAAUGUGCUCGUUCACGAAGCUUUUGGUCACUACUCCAACACUUCCUACAAGUUGGCCCUCAAGUCUGGAUUCUAUGACUUCACCAGCGCACGUGACUUCUACCGUGAAGCUACCAAGGCGGCAGGCAUUGGAAUGCACCAGGACCUUGUCAAGAAGUUUAUUGAGCUACAGGCUCUCCUCCUUGCCCCACUCGCACCACACUGGGCAGAAUACAUCUGGCUCGAGGUACUCAAGAACAAGGAGACCAUCCAGAACGCCCUCUGGCCCAAGGUCCCCGAGUCCGACCCAUCACUCACCGCCGCUCGCGAAUUCGUUCGUACCACACAGACCAACAUCACAUCGGCCGAAGGCAACGCCAUUAAGAAGCUUUCAAAGGGCAAGGCCGCGACGUUUGAUCCCAAGAAAGAGAAGAAGAUUAUCAUCUUCUCUGCUCAAGAAUGGCCGGCCUGGCAAAAGAAGUACAUCGACAUGCUCCGCGAUGCGGCUACGAUUGACAUCAAGGCCAUCAGCAAAUCCAUCGAUAAGUCCGAAUCCAAGAAAGCCAUGCCCUUCAUCAACGGCCUCAAGCGUCGUCUCGAUAACGGAGAGCCCAAGGAGGUAGUCUUGAACCGCGAACUUGCUUUUGACGAACUUUCAACCCUGCGCGUCAUGGUUCCGGGCUUGAAGCAGACAAUCCAGAAGUGCGUCGACGUAGAAAUCAUUGUUGUCUCAGAAGGUGGAAAGGAUGGUACGGUGAUCAAGGAAGACGGCAGCAAGGGCGAGACCCGAUCGGAACUGCCACCUCAAGCUGCGACGGCUGAACCUGGUUCGCCCAGCUUCGCUUUCGAGAAUGUUGAGGGCGUGCCUAUUCGGUAAGGGGCACGAGAAAAAUGCGCUGCAAGUUUGGCAUCUGUGGAAUGGGAUGGGUUUAUGCGACACGACAUUUCAUGACGGGCGAGGGUCUAUGAGAUGAAUCAUGUCUGAGAUGACUGCGAAAGUAGAGCAACCUCUCGUGGUGUGUGUUCUAAGAUUACUACUAGAAUACGACCCUUCACAUGUUCAACUGUGAAAGAUCUUCCGAAUUUUAUUCGUGUCCAGCCUGUCUUUGAAAUUUCAAAUUGCCAACUCUGACGCUGAGG